AGCUAAGAAAUAUAUGUUGCACCUCCCUGACCCAUUUGCGAUAUUGUCGGUGGAUGGAAAUAAAUACCGGUCGCCUGUGGCGAAAAAGACUUUCAAUCCUGAGUGGUCGUCAAAACACACCGUGAAGGUCAAACUCGGUAGUUCUCUCACCGUCUCCGUGUAUGAUAACAAACGAUUCAAGAGUGCGGAUGGUGCCGGCGGGUUCCUGGGUCUUGUUGUGGUACCGGUGUCCAGUUUGAUCAGCAAUGAUUUGAGCGCUGGAGUCACGAUUCCGUAUCGGUUGUUGAAAAGGACAAAACACGAUACUGUCACAGGAUUGUUUGUGAUGAGCUGUAAGUAUGCCAAUAAGAAGAGAGAUGCGCCGAUAGCCGCGCAGUAUCUCCGCAGUUUAAAUGCUGAGAGGACUCGUCGAACCACUCACCCUACAUUCAAUCCCGACGACAACGAGUAUACUGCAGAGGAAAUGCAAGAUUAUCACUCAGGAGUCGAAAACAACACUUUUGGAAACGAACAACCUGAUUACAAACCGAAUGCGCAGCUUAGGAGUUAUGGUAAAGAAUCACGGCGGUUAAGUGUGCAAGUGAAGCUAGAUCUGCCUUUGCUACCCGAGUCAGAUUCGUCAGAGAAAACUGUGAGUGCCAUCGUACCAGCCACACCAGACACACCGAAGGUCUCUAUGGACACCGACCACUCCCUUAUAGUCGAGUGGAGCGGUGUAGGGGGUCAGAGCGACAAGGGCAAGGGUGAGGUCAACAACGCCAACACAGUUGUCUACAAGUUAUACACAGAUGGAGGGACGGAGAAACGAAGUGAUAAUUCGGAUACGAUCGAUGAUGCGGAUCAGCUGGAGUAUGUGGGCCCUAACUUAGUCCAUACAGCAGUUGCCCUGAAAACUGGCUGGUACUACCGUUUUAGGCUGAAGGCUUCCAAUGACUACGGGCAAAGUAAACCGAGUGGCUGGUCCGACCCGGUCGAGGUGCGUAGACCCAAGCCGCCGACCCCGCCACCAGCGCCAGUAGUAAACACCCCCGAAGUAGUAGACGAUCGCCCACAUUGUCCGUUCUACAUGUCUGGCUUCUGUCGCCACGGUGCUAAGUGUCAAUUCUCGCAUGGCACGGGUAUGCAGGAUGCCGAUGCUAUUGCGGCGGCUAUGCUGGGUGCUGCGCUGAACGAGGAUCAUCACGCAGGUAUCGCCUUGGCUAUGGCCAAAUCACUCGAGGAGUCUCAAGGUGUUGUUGUCGAUACUACUGAACUGUCGCAGCUGAAGCGCGACUUGUACAACAAGCGGAAGGCCUUAGCAAACAAGCUACCGCAGGUGAAAGGCGAAUGCCAUCUGACCGUGUAUCGAACUCAGCUGUUUGCAAGUUCGUAUGCGGAGGUGAUGCACCGUUCUGCCAGAGAAUUGAAGAAGAAGAUGUUUGUGCAUUUUCACGGCGAAGGUGGUGUGGAUUAUGGAGGCUUGGCUAGGGAAUGGCUCUUUUUGCUGUCACAUGAGUUGUUCAGCACUAGGCGCGGAUUCUUCGAGUUCAGCGACGAUCAAACAUAUCUGUUACAAAUUUCAAGUAGCAAAUUGGUCCAAGUGGAUGAGGGCACGAAGUCAGCUCGAAACGCUGCUUCAAAUGUAGAGGACAAGGACCGAACCGCAAGUGAACAAGACGAAGCAAGUGAAACUCCGAAUGAUAAGACAAACACUGGCACAAACUCCGAUUCGCCCUCCUCCGAAUCCCAGGCUCGUGAAUCACUAAAGCGCGCAAGUGCUGCCAAAGCUAUGAAUGCGCCAGAGCUGUUAAAAUACUACAAUUUCAUUGGUCGCGUGAUAGGCCUAGGCGUAUUCCAUCACCACUUUCUGGAUGCUGUGUUUGUGAAGACAUUCUACAAGAGUUUGCUCAACCAGCGGUCUACGCUGUCCGACCUCGAGGGAGUGGAUGAAGCCCUAUACAAGAGUCUGCUAUGGAUUUUGCAGAACGAUAUCGAGGAUGUGUUAGAGCUGAACUUCUGCGUGGAUGCUAUGGUGGAGGGUGAGGUUGUCUCGGUCGAUCUCAAGGAAGGGGGAUCGGAGAUCGACGUCACAAAUGAGAAUAAGGAAGAGUACGUGAAUCUCUUUAUGGAAUGGAGAAUCAAUAGAGGAACGCAUCAGCAACUAAAGGCUUUGAAGGACGGAUUCUCUGAAUUUGUUCCCGCAGAUGCGUUGGCAGACUUCAAUGCGCACGAUUUGGAGAUGUUGAUAUCCGGAGAGAUCAAUAUAGACUUAGACGACUGGAAGGCUCAUACUACAUACACAGACACUGAUGAAAACGACAAUAUAGUACAGUGGUUUUGGAAACUACUGGAAGAGAGCAAUCGGGAUCUUCGCCUUCGAAUUCUUCAAUUUGUAACUGGGACUCAACGAAUACCGACGGAAGGUUUCCAAGCAUUGAUAGGUACUGACGGUCCCAGGCGUUUCUGUAUUCAAAAGACCGGUGAUGUGGCGAAGCUACCCACAAGUCAUACAUGCUUCAAUCGGUUGGAUAUUCCUCCUUACAAAGACUUCGAAACGUUCUCUACAAAGCUUAUCACUGCUGUUCAGAAUUUCCAAGGAUUCAGCAAUGAGUAGAUCUACAAAAUAUACAUAAAACAUAAUAUCCUUCAA